ACCUUCUCAGAGCGGCAUUUUCACAAACAGUUCCAGGACCCUUUCUUUUCUCCAUUUCUGCAAAAAAAAAAAAAAAAAAAAAAAAACAGAAUAUGGCUGGUGGCUGCUGCCAUCGGUGCGGUGGAGGCCUUGAGAGAUCAAAGGACCAAGAUGCUCUCUUCUUCUCUUCUUCUUCAUCACAACCAUCCACGACAGCGAUGAGAGCAGAGAUGGCGAGGUGGGAUAGGAAGAAAGCAGACGCCGCCAUGGAAAGUGUUGUACAGCUGAGCUGUUGGGAUCCUGGUUGA